AUGGCUAGAUAUGAGACCCAUCCAGCAGAACGUAUGACGAAGUCUUUGGUUCCACUGGCUCCGAAUGGGAACGUCAACCCAGGACCAGUCGAACAAGUAUCCAAACGGAAACAGCCCAAGAGUCGCAAUGGCUGCGUCUCAUGUAAGACCAGAAGGAGAAAAUGCGACGAGACAAAACCGGCUUGCCAACAGUGCACUCGACGAGGACUGAUAUGUGGCGGGUAUCCCAAAUUUCUGAAAUGGAGGCCAGUUGGAAGGAAAGUCGGGACGGACCAGCCCAGGUCAUUGGAUUCGUAUCCGAAGAUCAAUCUUCAGCCGCCGUCAGAGAAGAAGAAGCCUCGACUGAACAAUCAUCCGCGAGAAGAUGGUCCUUCAGCAGUCUCGCAAUCAAAAACCUCGAAUUCUUUUGCGGGUCAUCCAUCAGUAUCGACAUCUGCAUCGACGGCUUCUCCUUUUCGAACCCUUGAGUCUACGGGACUCUCUUAUGUGCCUUCUGAAUCGGUCGAGAUCGAUUUAGAUGGAUACAAGGCGAAUGGUAUCGAUGAUCGUGGGCAACAAUCGAAUUCUGCUGGAGAUGCAUUCUUCCCAACCGCUCAUUUAUCCGAUCAAUCCGCACACUCUGAAGACCUCGAAUUUGGCCCGGAUGUCUCGGUGUGGGACUUUUUCAACCACGAGUCACUCUUUGACUCCUUCAUGGAUGACGACGUGAUGAACGACGUGACGGCCCCAAUACCUGAACUGGAUCGGGCACUCGACACCACUUUCGAUUCCCUCGUCCAUUACCCCAAAGUUCCCGUCACGACGGCAAUACAGUCCGAUCUUGCUUUCGUUGCAGUUCCAGAGGAACAGCCCGGGGCCGGCGACGCCGCAGCCGAAACGAUCAAGCAUCUCUUCGAGCACCGGACGUGCGAGAUCUUGUCCAUCAAAGAAGACCAGAGCAGGAAUCCGUGGCGGACAUUGAUUUGGCCUCUGGCUUCUGACCAUCCCGCUUUGCAGUACGCACUCGCCGCCAUGACUUGCCUUCACAUGUGCAAAUCUCAACCUCAACAUCGCCUCCCGGGAUUACGACACUUUGAAGCCUCUACUCGAGCGCUCGCCGAGGACGUUUCCGCCCACACCGACAACGCCGACGCACUGACAUGGUCGAUGUCCGUCGUCGCCACGAGACUUGCGUUGGGUUUCGCCGCUGGUUGGGAUUACGAAAGCUCUUCGACGGGGAUCGAUCAUAUCAACGAGGCGAAAAUUCUGAUUCGUCAAGCGGCAACCAACCACAAAACUUCUCCCCUUUCAGGCAGCGACUUGAGUCGACUGAGUUUUUUGGCCAACACUUGUCUGUACAUGGACGUCAUCGCUCGAUUGACUUGUCCGAAUUCCCAAACCUCCAACGACGUCGAUUUCAUGAUGGCCUGCACCUCAUUGAGCAGCCACAUCCCCUCGAAACAGCAGAUUGACCCUUUGAUGGGUUGUGCCAUUACCUUGUUCCCCAUGAUCGGUAGGUUGGACGACUUGGUCGGCAAAGUUCGAAGGAGGUCUGCAGACAGGAAUUCGCCCGCCAUAAUCUCACAGGCCGUCGAAUUGAGGACCGACAUUGAACGGUGGAAGCCGUCGAUACAGCUAGACAAUCUCUCGGAGCUUCACCCCACGGUGUCGGACGCCAUCCAGACAGCCGAAGCUUACCGGUGGGCCGCGUUAUUGUUACUGAGACAGGCGGUUCCCGAAUUACCGUGGAGACAGUCCGUUUGGGAGUUGGCAUCCAAAACCUUGAUUUUCAUCGCCACGGUCCCUCUGAGAUCCCCCACCACGAUCGUCCAGGCUUUCCCUCUGAUAGCUGCAGGUUGUGAAGCGAUAGACGACGACGACAGGGAAUGGGUUCGUCAGAGGUGGGAAUUGAUGGGUCAAAAAAUGAUUACGGGGAUCGUGGAUCGCUGUAAAGAAAUCACUCUCGAAGUAUGGAGACGUAGAGAUGAGUUUGAAGAAAUCAAUUUCGUGGCCAAGACAGGCACGACGACGGCGACACAGAGACCGGAGUCGACAUCUUUAUCGACCACACCUACGCCAAUGUCGAAUUCAAACACCGCGAGUACACGUAUGUCCACGGUCGAAUCGGAUUUUGAGGCAGCAACAGCGGAACAACCACCAUUGUCGUCCGAGACAGAUCAUCAGUGUCAGGAGACUCAGCCACCACCAACACCCGGUCACGGUAGAGGGGUAUCCGACUUUCCUGACACUGCCGCGUUCAAAAAGGGCAUCGAUCCAAUCACCCGGGCAGGUUUCAUGAACUACACCGUCAAGGGUGAUUUGCAUUGGUUGGGGGUCAUGAAGGACUGGAAUUUGGAAGUCAUGCUUGGGUAA